UGCAGGCUGAAAAGACGAGGCAGGCAGCAACGACCAAUUGUUCUUGCAAAAUGUGAUAUAUAUAUUUUGGCAGUGAAAGCUAGACCUUGGACCUGGAUAGCUUUGCAUCGAUGGCAUCUUUUGCUUUUGACAAACUAGGAAAAUAUUUAUUCAUUAUUCUAGCUAACUGACAAAGAGAAGAGUUUUGGAAAUGAAACUAGGUUGAUACUGGCUCAUUUGAAUGAGCUUAUAUAUUAUGAAUCUUUCCUUUCAUGAUAAGCAAUAUCACAUAUAUCCACUUAUGUCAAUAGUUACUGAGAGGAAAGCGAACCAUUCAAAGCAAUUUGCUCAUGCUUUUUCCUUUUAAACUGAACACCCAUUUCUUAGCCAAAUCCCAAGAAUGGCUGAGGACUGCAUUUUUCUAGAUACAGAACUCAGUGACUUUAUUCUUUGUAACGUCUCUACUGAUGAACAUACAAACUUCUCUUUCUCGGGUGAGGACUUAUUUUAUUACAGAUUCCUAUAUGCAAUUCCAGCUAUUUAUGGGAUCAUCAUUUUGAUUGGGCUAAUUGGCAAUAUCACCCUAAUUAAAAUCUUUUGUACAGUAAAGUCCAUGAGGAAUGUCCCCAAUUUGUUCAUUUCCAGUCUGGCUUUUGGAGACUUGCUUCUUUUGAUCACCUGUGUUCCGGUGGAUGCCAGCAGAUAUUUGUCUCCUGAAUGGCUUUUUGGUCGAGUUGGAUGUAAACUUAUUUCUUUUAUCCAGCUUACUUCAGUGGGGGUAUCAAUCUUCACCCUCAUGGCUCUUUCUGCAGACAGGUAUAAAGCCAUAGUGAGACCAAUGGACAUCCAAGCUUCACAUGCCCUGCUGAAGAUUUGUUUGAAAGCCACUACAAUCUGGAUUUUCUCCAUGCUGCUUGCCAUUCCAGAGGCUGUGUUUUCAGACUUGCAUCAUUUCUAUGACAAGGGUGCUAAUAAAACAUUUAUUAGUUGCACACCUUACCCGCUUACCAAUGAAUUGCAUCCAAAAAUUCACUCCAUGGCUUCCUUUCUCAUCUUUUAUGUAAUCCCCCUGUCUGUUAUUUCAGUAUAUUAUUAUUUCAUUGCAAAAAAUCUGAUUCGGAGUGCUUACAAUCUACCAGUAGAAGGAACCAUUCAGGUUAGAAAGCAGAUGGAAUCUCGGAAACGCCUCGCCAAGACAGUGCUAGUUUUUGUCUGUAUCUUUGCUUUCUGUUGGCUCCCUAACCAUAUCAUCUACUUAUAUCGGUCGUACCAUUAUUCAGAAGUGGAUACGUCUGUCCUGCACUUUAUCACUUCUCUUUGUGCUCGAAUAUUGGCAUUUAUUAACUCUUGCAUAAACCCUUUUGCCUUGUACUUGCUCAGCAAAAGUUUUCGGAAACAGUUUAAUCACCAGUUAUCUUGUUAUAAAACCCGUCUUCUCAUUCGAUCCCAGAGUACAGCCAGAAGCACCACCCGGAUUACAUCUUUCAAGAGCACCAACCAGCAGUCCAUGGUCACCUUCAGUUUUAUUAAUGGCAACCACAACUGUCAUGAAGAAAAUGCACAGUAUGCAUGAAAUUAAUACUCAUUGCAAGAGCUUACUAACUAUUGCUGCCUAUUUGUAUGUAGUCAGCAACAAAUGUACAUACCAGUAUGUACAUAAAGAAAUGGGUCUGUGAUCAGACCAAGAAUUAGGUAGUGUGCAAGAAAAAUAAUAAUGCAGAGUUAAAGGGCUGUCCAUACCUGCAUUUUGUUUUUAUGAUUUUGUAUUAUAACAUGCUGGUCCACUUUCAUUCACAUGGUGUGGAUCAUAUUUUCUAGACUGAUGCUUUGCAGAUGUGAAGGGACUGCAACAUCUGCCAUUCCCAUACAAGCCAGGAUUUCUGAAAUUUGGAAUUAAAACAUAUUUGGAGGACAUCUGUUAGAUAAAGGGUGGUCUAGCAUGGUGUUUCCCAACUUUGGUCCUUUGAAGAUGUGUGGACUUCAACUCCCAGAAGUCCCCAGCCAGCAUGAUUGGCUGGGAAUUCUGGAGGCUGAAGUCCAUACAACUUCAAGGGACCAAGGUUGGGAAACACUGCUCUAAACUCAAACAAAGGCAGGGGCCUUAAUGAAAGAAAAAUAAUUUUAGAGAAGUUAUUUUUGAUAUAUGAAGCUUGGACUUUAUUUAUUGCUGGAAUGAGCCUGUCCCUCACUGGAUUUUCUGUGAUGUACAAAAACAAGCACAGGAUUCAGUGCAAACCCAGUUUUAUUAUUCCCUUCUGAACUUUUCUUCUUAUCUUCCCCAAGUCUAUUACACCAUCGGUAUUUAAAUUAUCUUUUUUUAAGUGGAAGUUCAGGUGGAGCUUCAGGACAAACUGAAGAACUUGAAAGGCCAAGGCAGAACAAUGCCAUGCACUAGCAUUCAGUUAACAGAUAAAUGUGUACAGCAUGAGAUUUUUCUACUCCCUUGGGCUGAUAUCUUAGAUUUUUACAAAGUCUCUCAGUUUCUAUUGAUAAAAUAAUAGAAUCACUAUUUGUCUACAUUCAAGCUUAAGAACAUACAUUCAUGGUUCUUUGCUUUCUGUAAAAGUAAGCCAGAUUGCUAAAAAAAACCCCACAAUUUCUUCAAAAGAAACACAUUGAAACAUGCUUAGAGUCAUGUAACUAAGUGGAAGAGUAUUACUAUUAUUAUGUAGUCUUCGAUUUACAGUCUGGGACUGAUAAAAACAAUUCAAGUCCUAACCACAUACCUAAGAGCUGUUAAGAUAAUGUCUGAGUAUAUAGGCAGUUCCAAGUAGGGUGGUUUUCUGCAAAGUCAAAAUAUUCAGGUCUAAUAAGUUCAAAAUUUCCAUGUAUCUGAGCAACCCUGUGGGUAUUGCUCCAAGGACUCCUACUGCUAUUGGCACAGCCGUUGAUUUCUUCCACCACAAUCACUCAACUCCAAUUUGCAAAUCGCAAUAUAUCAUUUUUUUUCUGGCUGUUUCUGUUCAGUUUGUGCAUUAUUGGUAUUGCAAUAUCAAAGAACCAGACUUUUUUUUCUUUUCCACAAUAGUGAUGUCAGGCAUGUUGUGGGCCAUAUGUCUGUCUGCUUGGACCCAAAAGUUCCACAGGAUCUUGAUAUGUUCAUUUUCAAGAACUUUGUCAACUUGGUGUUCCCAGUGAUUUUUCAGGCAGUAUUAAUUCAUGGUGUUUUUAAAAGGUGUAAAGAAAAUUAAGUUUACUGGGGUUUGUCUCACUACCUUGCCACAUCUGACUGAAAAAGUAUAUUGUAUAUAAUUUGAAUGUGGAAAGUGGUGCCAUUUCAAUAAAUGUAAGCUUCAUUAUGUUUA